CGCUCAGCAACACGAGAAGAUGCACAGCGCAGACUGGCUGUCCCACAACUUUCUCUCUCUCUCAAUGUGCCACAUAAAAAAAUUCUCUGGAAUUAUCAGAACUGAAACACAUAUUCUGGAAAAGCAUGAGUUCUGAGGAUGAAGUCAGAGUUUACUCUUUAAUCUGAGGAUUUUACUGGAAAAGAUUCAGAGAGUUCAGGGUCAGGACCGAAACUCCCAAGACUUGAGGAUCCAAUUGCAGCAGAAUCCUCAGUGACAGUUUUGCCUUCAGUAUGUCGUUCAUGAACUCCUUGAGAAACGCAGUAUAAUGCGCAAAUGGGCGCUACCAUGGAAACUGCCAAACUUGCCAUUUGGACUGUGGUUGCACGUCUUGCUAGUCAUAGGUCGUGUAUGCAUGUGUGGCGGUGAGGGGGUCACUGGUCAGAUGUCUGUGACUGACUGUUUCAAGCAUGAACGCCACACAAGGAACUAUGACUACAUGGAAGGAGGGGACGUUAGAAUUCGACGCCUCUACAGUCGUACACAAUGGUUCCUCACAGUCGACGAGUAUGGGAAUAUCAAUGGAACACAGGACCCCAACAACUGUUACAGUGUUCUGGAGAUCAGGACCAUUUCAGAAGGUGGCGUGUUGGCUAUAAAAGGACUGAAGAGCCAGUAUUAUAUUUCCAUGAACCGCACCGGAAUGUUACAGGGCAAGAAAGACUAUAACGACAGCUGCAACUUCAAAGAAGUGUUUUUAGAAAAUUACUACACAGCUUACUCCUCUGUGAAAUGGACUAAAAAUGGCAAAGAGAUGUUCAUCUCUCUGUCACAGAAGGGGAGACCACUGAAAGGCAAGAAGACAAGGAAAGAGAGUAUCACUUCUCACUUCAUCCCUCGAAAGUGCAGUGAAGACGAAAAGAAACUGGCAUAAAGCCAACACACGUCUAGAUCUAUAAACACAGACGCAGUGAGAUAGCACAAGCUAUUUCUACAGUAUUACUGCAUUUGUUUUGGGAUUCACCUGUCUGGUGUGUUGAAUGUGAGAUUAUUCUCAGUAUGAAUUGAAAUCAGCAUGAAAGAGCAAGGAAGAAGAUUAUUUGUCACAUGUGCAGCUUCCUGUGCAAAUAUUUAAAAUAGAACACACUCAGAUUCAUCAAAAUAAUCAAUAACACAUUCUUUGCUGCUCAUAUGCAGGAUAUUCAUAAAGCUCUCUGUGUUUAGGAAUUAUGGACAUGUGAUGAAAAAUUACAUAAAUGUUUUGGAGUUGUUGUGUGUACCAACAAUGUGCACAGCUCUAAAUUCUCAUCUCUGUUUUGAAUGGUAAAAAGUAUUUUUGUAUUUCAGAGAGAAUAAACAGAACAUCUCUCUGUUUUCAUUCGCUGCACUUUCACAAUCAUUAGAGCUAUUUAAAAGUUAAAAUACAAAAUAAACAUCAUCAACGCAUUUACUACAGAUGAUUUACUACAAUCUCUCCAAAUAUGGCAUGGCACAGCGCUGUUCGUGUGUUCCUGGAUUGUGUGUCUGUAACAAUGAGCUGCAAAGCUUUAAAUAUCAAAAUGAAUAUACUGUAUAUAUCCAUCUUUUCAAAAGUUUGAGACAUUCCAUUCUUGUUUCCAGCCCAAGUCAAAAAGAAAAUAAUAGCAGUUUACUUGUUUUAUUUUAUUAUUAUUUUUAAUCUUUAAUUUUUGUCAUUUGACCCUUAAAGUCAACAUGAAUUCAAAAUGGACCUCUAUUUACUUUCUUAAAGGAAUAGUUCACCCAAAAAUGAAAACUCUGUCAUCAUGUCAUUCCAACAUAUGACUUCCUUUCUUCCGCGGAACACAAAAGAUGUUACGGUGUGGUCACAUUUACCUUUGCAUGGCAAAAUUCUGCAGGUGAAAUACAGUCAUCUCAAUGGGAAUCUGCAUGAUCGUCAAAUUUUGCACAGUAGACGUCCGGUGGCGAAGAAUUUCAUCUCUGGGAUUUCUCCAGGAGUUCAAGUUUGGUGAACUUUGACAGGCAAAUUUGCCUCGAUGACCAAUAGGAAGUUGGUUUGCCAGUGAUCUCUGUGUGGGCAGUGGUUCGUCCACAGCUACACUGAAUAUUCACAAUGGUCAAGAAUAUUGUUUGAGUGGUGAGUUUCUUUUUAAUUCACUCUCACAGAGUAUAAAGUGCACCAUUAAAAAGAGGCUGUUUGGAUAUUAAUCUUUUGCUAGUUAACACUUAUUCAACAUCGUGCCAUGCCUUCUGCAAAAGUAAUCGUAGCUGUGCCUUUUGUCAGAAUGUUAGUCUCAGUCACCAUUCACUUUUAUUUUAUGGCAAAAAGAUGCAAUAAAAGUCAUACAAGUUUGAAACAACUUGAAAAAUGGUUUCAUGUUGACUUUAAUGUGGGAGUCUGACCAUAUUAAAUUUUCAUAAUCCCCCAGAGCUCUGAUGUGAUUGUGUCCAUGUGUUUUUGUGUGUUAUUUAUGAUAUUUAUGUGAGAUCAGAGAGGGGUCGGGAUGUCUGGAUGAAUCUAAAAUGAAUCGGAAACUCAAUAAAUAAUCUGCAUGAACACCAGGUUUCUGUAUCAUGCUGCAAGCACACACGCAGAGUCCGGAAGGUUUUCUUUUGCUGCUAAAAUUAAAGUGAAAUAUGAGGUGUUUUAUAUUAUCAUAGAGCAAAUCUCCAAUAAAAUAUGUAUA